AUGUCAACCGCUUCAACUAUCGCAACCGAUGCCGCCGCCGUGCCGCUGACCGAUCUAGCCCAAUCAUAUGAUACAAUAUUGAUCCUCGACUUUGGCUCUCAGUACUCUCAUCUGAUCACGCGAAGAUGCCGUGAACUUAACGUGUAUUGUGAAAUGCUGCCAUGCACGUUCAAGGUUUCACAGCUGAAAUGGCGUCCAAAGGGAAUCAUUUUAUCGGGCUCACCUUACUCGGUCUACGAUGCCGAUUCGCCCCGGGUCGAUCCGGACGUGUUCAGCUUGGGUGUUCCAGUCUUCGGUAUCUGUUAUGGACUGCAAGAGAUUUCACGGAGCUUUGGAGGGAAGGUGAUUGCCUGUGAUCACAAGGAGUACGGCAGUGCAAUCCUGGACGUCUGUAAAGCCGAGAGCCUUGAUGGCGGGAAGAAUGUCCUGUUUGAUGGGCUGGGAGCUCAGGUUCAGGUCUGGAUGUCUCAUGGCGAUCGUCUAGACAGCUUGCCAGAUGAUUUUCAAGUCGUGGCCACCACCUCAUCCGCCCCGUAUGCCGCCAUCGCCCACAAAUCUAAACCUAUCUUUGGAGUCCAAUUUCAUCCGGAGGUCACCCACUCCACCAACGGUAAACAAAUUAUCGAGAAAUUCGUGAUCAACGUCUGUCAGUGCAAGCCAGAUUGGACCAUGGCAACAUUCAUUGAUAAAGAGAUCGCCCGGAUACGAAGUGUGGUGGGGCCAGAUGAUCAAGUGAUCGGCGCAGUAUCUGGAGGAGUGGAUUCAUCCGUGGCCGCCAAGCUAAUGAACGAGGCGAUUGGGCAUCGAUUCCAUGCGAUCAUGGUUGAUAAUGGACUUCUCCGUAUGGACGAGGCCCAGCAAGUGCAACAGAUGUUGAAGAUCGACCUCGGAGUCAACCUAACGGUUGUUGAUGCCACUCAAACCUUCCUCGACGUCCUGAAGGAUGUGGAGGAUCCCGAGACCAAACGAAAGCUGAUCGGGAACACCUUCAUUCACGUUUUCGAGGCCGAGGCCGAACGGAUCGAGGCCGACCAAGCUCGUCAAGCUACGAAAACUCACUCUGGGACAAUCAAGUUCCUCCUCCAAGGCACUCUCUAUCCCGAUGUCAUCGAAAGUAUUAGCUUCAAGGGGCCUAGUGCAACGAUCAAGACCCAUCACAACGUGGGUGGCUUGCUUGAUAACAUGAAACUCAAGCUCAUCGAGCCCCUUCGCGAGCUAUUCAAAGACGAAGUACGAGCCCUAGGCAGGCUCCUGCACAUCCCAUCCAACCUGACCAACCGCCACCCGUUUCCAGGUCCCGGACUCGCCAUCCGGAUACUAGGCCCGGUCAACAAAGCGCAGCUCGACAUCGCCCGCAAAGCGGACCACAUCUUCCUGCAGGAGAUCCGGAGGGAGCCGGGCCUCUAUGAGCAGAUCAGCCAGGCCUUCGCAGUCCUCUUGCCCGUCCGGGCUGUCGGCGUCCAGGGCGACAAGCGCACCUAUGAACAAGUCAUCGUCCUCCGGGCUGUCAAGACCGAAGACUUUAUGACCGCCGAUUGGUUCGAUUUCCCACCCCAUGUUCUCAGAGCCGCCUCAUCUCGUAUCACAAACGAAGUCGCAGGCGUCAACCGAGUCACUUAUGAUAUUUCUUCCAAGCCUCCGGGUACCGUCGAGUGGCUGUAA